UGUGAGUGAGUGCUUCACUGACCAUGGGGAAAGACAGGGGGAGUAAUGCUCUGGUUCUGUCGUCAAAGAGUCUGUGCCGCGGGCGGGGGGACCAUGAUCGCGACCUAGAGAAUCUGCGCUCGGCCCUGGAGGCAGAGAAGAGCCGUAGCCAUCGGUCUCACCAGAGGUUCUCUUUGGAGCUGCGUCGGAUGCGGGAGGAGGCUGAGAGGGAGAAGCAGCAGGCCCUGCGGGACCUGACAGCCAGGCACGAGAGACAGAAGGCCCUGGAACUCCAGCGGCUGCAGAAGGCGCUGGGGAGGGAGCGGGCUGCUGAGGUGAGACAACUGCUGAGAUACAAAGGACAGGAGUUAAAGGCUGUAGGCACCGUGCUGGAGAGGGAGAGGGAGGCCGCCAUCAGGCAGGCCAGGGAACUGCAGCACCGGCUGGCUGAGGAGGCCAACACACCCAUCACCAAGUCUGGGCGGGAGAGCAGGGGGAAGACCAUAGACAGAGAGCCUGGUUGUGUGGGCAGCGGGUCCAGCUACCGUAAACUGGAACAGCUGCUGGUGAGGCUGCAUGAGCAGCUAGCGGAUGAAGAUGGAGAGCAGGCCGUGUUUCUCAAGCGUCUCAGACAAGAGCUGGAGCUGGAGAAGGGCCUCUACCUCUGCCACUUGCUAGAGGCCCACGGACAACAACAAGGGACCGGGGAGGGGAAGGAGAGGAACCAGAGCUCCUCCAGGGCUCCCAGACCCAGGUGUAGGUCUAAGAGCUGUGUCCAUCUCCUCAGCAGCACCACCCAUGACCAGGAAGACCGUCCUGAAGACUCCCAUCGUAGUGGGCCUCCACCACUGGCCCGUUCCUGGUCCCUCUCCCAGAGCUCCAAGAGUCCCUCGUCCCCACCUCCCGACAAGAGAACCAGGAGAGAGCAGUGGAACUUGGCUUCAGGGAGGGAGCUCAGUACAGCUGCCCGCUGCUCCUCUCCCCUGACUGGGGACACCUGUCGGAGCAGCUCCCCCCCUCAGACCACCUCCUCACCCCAUGCAGGCUGGGACCUCCAGUCUGAGUCACCUAGGUCAGACAAAUCCUUGACUUCCAAAUGCACUGACGAAGAAAAACUGGAAGACAACAUGGAGAAUGGCACUGACUAUGGGUUCCUGGUGCGUCAGAACUCAGAGCUGCUGCGAGCUCUGGACGAGAUGGAGAAGACCUGCACCCAGCUGAGAGAGGAGAACAGCCUGCUGCGGAAGAGCAGCGCCCCAGAGACGGAGGAGAAGGUGAAGCGUCUGAGGAGGAAGAACAUAGAGCUGGCUGUCAUCGCUAAGAGGCUGGAGGAAAGGGCACACAAACUACAGGAGGCUAACCUCAAAGUGGUGAAUGCCCCAGCUCCGGUGGAGCAGUACAAGCGGGCGUUUGCCCGUCAGCGAGCCCGUGACCUGGCGCAGCAUGCAGAUACACUGCUCUCCAAGGACAAGGAGAUCGUCGCCCUGCAGCAGAAGUGCAGAGAGCUGGGGACACGCUUGGGCACGGCCAAGGGCUCCCCAGUCCCGUCUGGCGUGGUGGAGUUUGAGAGGCUGCUAAGGGAGUCCCAGAAGGAGGUGCUGAGGCUCCAGAGGCAACUGUCAAUCUCCUCCUCCAGAGACACCUCCUCUAAAGACACCUCCUCUAAAGACGCCUCCUCCAGAGACACCUCCUCCAGAGACACCUCCUCUAGAGUCACCUCCUCUAGAGUCACCUCCUCCAGAGACACCUCCUCUAGAGUCACCUCCUCUAGAGUCACCUCCUCCAGAGACACCUCCUCUAGAGUCACCUCCUCCAGAGACACCUCCUCCAGAGUCACCUCCUCUAGAGUCACCUCCUCCAGAGUCACCUCCCCUAAAGACGCCUCAUGCAGGAAACACAAUGGCCACGACAGGCCCUGCACACCAGAGGAGGAGAGGGUGGAGAAGGUUGCGGCAGAGACCCCGUGCGUAGCGUUAAAUGAGGCUCCAGCCAGGUGUGAGGAGACUCCCAGAGAUGAGGAGGAGUCGGGGCCGCGAGUGAUCCCAACCCUGCCAGGCCUUUGCCCCGCCCCCACCCCGAGCCCCUCCCACCAGAAGGAGCACACAGAAGACCAGCGACUACAGUUGCUGGAACGUGAGCUGAGUAAUAAGAGAAAAGAAUGUGAAAACCUGGAGCAUGAAGCCUGGGUUGAGAAUGAGGAGCUGAGGGAAGACCUCUCUGAAGUGACCACUCAACGUGAUUCAGUUCUCAAGGAGAACCAGAGACUCCGUGUCAAACUGGAGAACCUAGAACAGGUCUUAAAGGUACAGGCUGACCUCUAG